AUGGAGAUUGAUUCUUUUUCCGAGUUCAUUGCUGAAUCUGAAACGGUUUCUGUUUGUCUCAAAUGUGGCAACCAAGGCUUUGAAGAAACAUUGGUAUAUUGCUUCAAAUGUCAACAUUAUGCACUGCAUAGGUAUUGUUUAGACGGGUCUGUGGUUUUUACAGAUGAUGUUAUUUGGUUUUGCGAGGAUUGUGAAGGAGAGGUAAUCGACGUAGAUUUUUCUGAUAACGCGAUUGUGGAUUCAGAAAACACUGAAAUUAGUUUCAGCGAGGAUUAUGAUCAAGAUAAUGCAGAUUCGGAGAAUGUUGAUGUUGAGGAUUGUGACGUAGAUAAUUCUGAUAACGAGAUUGCAGAUUCGAAAAAGACUGAAGAUAAUUCCAGUGAAGUUGAUUCUGAAUAUGAAUGCGCGACUGUGGCUGAUCCUGAUCCGCAUCCUAUUGCUGAUCCAAUAUGGAGUUUGCAGCUUAUCAACAGAAGCUUUGAAUUAAUGAGCCAUUUGUCGACUUUAGCAUGUCUUAAAGUUCUCGAGGAGACAAGACAUCUCCCUGAUGUGUUGUAUGCAGAUUUGCUUCAAAGAUCAGCUGUGUGGCCACAAAGUUUCAGUAAAUAUGGAACAAAUAAUCAGAGCAUUGGCCUUUAUUUCUUUCCUGAGAAUGAAAGAGUUGAGAGAUAUUUUGACGAGUUAGUUUAUGAAAUGAUUUCCAGUAAUCUUGCCAUUAGAGCUAAGGUUGAAGAAGCUGAGCUUUUGAUAUUUUCCUCCACAAUGCUCCCUUGCCAAUAUAGGAGAUUUCAAUCAAAGUAUUACUUGUGGGGAAUUUUUAAAAGAAAACAAAGAUCAUCCUAA